AUGAUGAAGAACAAGAAGAAGCGCAAGAUCACCUCCACGGCAUCGUCGCCACUGCCCACCACCAUUGACUCCCUUCCCGACGAUGUAGUGGCAGACAUCCUGCUCCGCCUGCCGUCCGCUGCCGCCAUCUGCCGCGCCGUCUUCGCCUCCGAGCACUGGAUCCGCGUCGCAACCUCCUCGACCUUCCUCCGCCGCCUCCGCGACAUCCACGACUACCCACUCCUGCUCGGCCACUUCGUGGCCCCCUACGGCCACCGCUUCUUCACCCCGGCUCACUUCCACCCGGCGCCCCUGCGCUCGUCGGAAUCGGACGGCGUCCUCGCUGCUAUGGUCCGCCGCGGCGACUUCUUCUUGACCCGCAUCCAGGUCGAAGGCUCCGGCGAGCACGUCCUCGAGGACUGCCGCGGCGGCCUCCUCCUCUUCUCCGACACGAGGACGCUCAGGGUGUUCGAUCCAAUGACUCACCGCGUGUCUAUUGUUGACCAGCUGCGAAGACGCGGAGGCAGAGCCGCGGACCACCGCGGCCGCACAUUGUGUUUGCUCCCAAACGGCGACGACGCUGGCGCGUUCCGUGUGAUGUCACUGCAGCACGGGAACGGCAAGAAGCUGGCUCGAUUGGAGGUGUACAACUCCUGCACCAGAGCUUGGCGCGUCCUCUCAGGAGCUGGAACAGACAAGAUACCAACCAGGAGCCACAUGGCCCAGAUCUACCGGGGACAUUAUUCACCUGCCAUGCACGCAGGCGACCGCACCUAUUGGAAGUACGCCGUUGCAGAUUCGCUUCUCUCGCUAGACACCAAGACGAUGACGUUCUCUGACAUGCGUCUCCCUCCCGGUGUGACCCGUCGGUCAGCUUAUGCCGUUGGCGAGACAGAGGAUGGCACCUGCUGCCUAGUUCAUGUCUUCAAACAGGUGCCACUAAUAUUGGAGCGACAGGUGCCACUAAUGCAAGUGUGGCGUUUCAAAUUAGGUGAUGAUGAUCAUAAGGGCAAUGGAGCUCAGAUGUGGGAGUUGGAGCGACAGGUGCCACUAAUAUUAGACUCUGUAUCAGCGUAUCUAAGUGUGGAUCAGGUCCGUGCAAUUGUCGGUGGCAUUGUGCUUCUCUGCGUCGACAACUGGUCAUCUUAUCAACAUCACAUUGCGUUUCGGCUCAAGAGCUUGAAGGUGGAAGCAGAUUUUACAUGCCGUGGACUGGCACGCCCCUUUGUGAUCAAGUAA